UUUACAGUGAAGAACCUUGCCAUCGACCAUCAAAUCAAGAGCUUUCUUUUUGGAACUGAAGCCACUUUAUAGAUUAGUACUAAAGUACUAUUUUGACCUCUUUGAAGCUGAAUGGAGGCUUUAAAUAAAAGCUGUUAUGAAAACGCAAACAAUGGUGGUUCUCCUAUCAUCCCUCUGUCUGUCCUUGCAAAAAUUUUCCUGGAAUACGCUGAUGCAAUGACUAAUCCUGUAGUUGUUUUAUUGGAUUGUGUUCUUCAAGCAACUAGAGCAUUGGUUAAAAAACCAAAUGAUAAGGCGUUCUAUGAAACUGCCUACAUCUUGCAUGGCAUAUUGGGAGUAGUUGUGGAAUAUCGACUUCUGUUAAACAGACUACGUGGAAAAUCAUUAUCUGGUCGAACUUGGGAUGAUUUACAAUUUUACAUUCCUAUAUGUUGUCAAGAUUACAAUCAAGAGGAAAUUGAGAUGAUGUUUAAACUGACACCAUCACCUUGGCUGCAAAUGUUCAUUGCACAUGGCCUUUAUAAGCAGACGUGUUUCAAUAAUGGCAUUGAAAUCUCUGAGAAAUCUUUCUCACUCAAACAAAUUAUCUCUUCAUAUUUAAUAGCCCUGGGGAGGCUGGGAAGUUGUAGGAAUGUGAUGAAGGACUCCAAGGGAAAGAAGAUGGACAGUGGCCUUGGCCUGAACCUUUGAGGCCAUCAGUUUCUUUAACUGGUGACAUGCAGAAGCAAGUGGAUGCACUGGCCAUUCCAGCGAAGACACAUCUUCCAUUAUCAGCAAAGAGGGUUAAUUGCCUGGAAGUUAAGGAAACUAAAACUGGAUCCAAUAAAAUGAAAGGGGCUGUUUCAUUACAACAAGACUGUCUUGGAAGAAGGCCCUUAAAUUGUAUCAAUUCUCCAAAGAUGAAAGAAGAUACUUUUGUCGUUAAUGAGGUUGAAAAGGAGGAGAAUACAGGGCUGUUUGGAAAUUUUAAGAAUGACAUCAAUCCUACUGAAUUUGAAUCUGGUGCUUACCUCUGGUCUAUGUUACUAAAAAGCUAUAUUGAAAAUCAUAACUUGCCCUUAAUCCGUCAUGUUAUGAAUGACGAAUCUCUGAACAAGGUUCAAAUUCUAGGUAAGAGUAGGUUUGAGAACCUGGUUAAUUCCUUUCCUGACCAGCUGAUGGUGCAGUAUGCUGAAGAUGUAAAAGCUUGCAAGGAACUUCCAAAUUGUAUUCAGCAAGUGCUUGGCAAUCUCAGGAAUGGAUCUCUCGUGUUUGGAGUGCAUACAGAAUUGCUACUUUUGCACUUGGAAUCAACAAUUACUAAUGGGAAAGAUGCAUUUUCAGUUCAGAAUGAAUGACGUAUUUGCAACUUCCUAUAAUUUUUUUAAAAAGUUGCUUAGAACUAGAGACCAAAUUGAAAUUCUGAUGGGAUAAGUACUUAAUCAUGAAAACCUGAUGCUGCUUCUAUUUGAAAUGAUUGUUUUCUCCAGCUAAUAAAAGUAAGAACUGCAUUCCAGAGAAACCUGGUAAUGUAACAGUACAUAGCAAGAGAAAGUAGAAAGUAUAAUGUAUGAUAGUUCUUUAUAUCUAUAUUUUGUAAAAUAAUGCUUUGAGGAGAAUUUUUUGACCUUGUUAUCUAGUUAUUUUAUUUACAUGAAAACUCUACCCACAAACCAAGAUUAAGUUUAAUGAACUCUAGUUUUCCCCAUCUUUUGCACAGUUGUAAAUCUUAAUGCAAUUUAAAUUAAGUAUUUGUAUCACUGUGUUCUUGUGUGUUGUGAUCCAAUUUUAAUGAAAGAAUUAGACCAUGUAAGUUUCAAAGAUUUUUGGGUUUGCUUUGUACAUUUUCCCCCAUUGCAUUCAUUAGCCUACCUCAAACCAUCCAAUAUAGCUUUAAUGGUACUAUCUAAUUUACAGGUAAGAAUUUGUUUUUAAUGCAACUUAUGCUUUCUUUUCUUUUUUUUUAUAAUUGGAGGGGUGGUCUUGAAGCCAUUUUGGCCUACUGAUAUUCCCAUGAACACUUUGCUGAAAAUUAGAGGAGUAGCUUUGGAUCAACUGUGUAUAAAGUUGCAUUCUCUUAGCUUUGGUACCAAAUGCUGAUGGUUUAAAAUUUGCCAAGAUAACCCUAUUUCUGUUAUAGAGCAUAUUGUUUGUAAUCUAGUUGCUUUGUCUGUGCAAUCAAAAUGCAAAAUAAAAACCUGCAAAUACCAGAAAUAUAAAUAAAAACAACAUACUGGAAAUGCUGAAAGGUCACUGACCUGAAUUGCUGGCUUGCUGUCUCGCUCCAAAUGCUGCCUGAUCUGUUAAAUAUUUCCUAUCUUUACUGCCUAUGUAUAAGGCAAGUGAAACUACUGGCCAAGAUUAGAAAAUUUGUGAAAGGUUAUAGCAUUGUACUUUGGUACUCAGAAUUGUUAAGUCUUGUGUAGAUCAGCUUAAUGAGCCUGUUGAGCCUCACAACAAAACAAUUUAAAUAUUGGAACAAAUUUUCUAGAAAUUUCCAAAGAAAAAUAAUUUAUUGAACCAUGUAAGCAGCGGAUCUACAUGGGCUCUAUUA